AACGCUCCGUCGCCGGCGGCCGUGCCACGUACGCGGCAGCCGAUUGGCCCGCGGUGGUCACGUCACUGCCCGCGCCGGGUCCGGCCUGAGUUCGGGGCCAGCAGCCGUCUACCCGGUGUCGCGUUCUGGGUUGUGGCGGCUCUGGAUCUGGCGUCAGGGCGACCGGGCGGACGAGGUGGAGCCAGAGUCGGUCAGGCGAGUUGGUGAAGGGCGCGGGGCCGGGCACGGCGUUGGGAGUGCGCGGCAGGGACCGGCCAGGCGGGCUGCAGGUACCUCAGAGCCCGGGACACCACCUCAACGUCCGCAGGCGCGAUGAAGGCGCUGAUCUUAGUGGGGGGCUAUGGGACGCGACUGCGGCCGCUGACGCUGAGCACCCCGAAGCCACUGGUGGACUUCUGCAAUAAGCCCAUCUUGCUGCACCAAGUGGAGGCGCUAGCCGCGGCAGGCGUGGACCACGUGAUCCUGGCCGUGAGCUACAUGUCGCAGGUGCUGGAGAAGGAAAUGAAGGCACAGGAGCAGAGGCUGGGAAUCCGAAUCUCCAUGUCCCAUGAAGAGGAGCCUUUGGGGACAGCUGGGCCCCUGGCGCUGGCCCGUGACCUACUCUCUGAGACUGCAGACCCUUUCUUCGUCCUCAACAGUGAUGUGAUCUGCGAUUUCCCCUUCCAAGCCAUGGUGCAGUUCCACCGGCACCAUGGCCAGGAGGGCUCCAUCCUGGUGACCAAGGUGGAGGAACCCUCCAAGUACGGUGUGGUGGUGUGUGAGGCUGACACAGGCCGCAUUCACCGGUUCGUGGAGAAGCCGCAGGUGUUUGUGUCCAAUAAGAUCAACGCAGGCAUGUACAUCCUGAGCCCUGCGGUGCUGCGGCGCAUCCAGCUGCAGCCUACGUCCAUUGAGAAGGAGGUCUUCCCCAUUAUGGCCAAGGAGGGGCAGCUAUAUGCCAUGGAGUUGCAGGGCUUCUGGAUGGACAUUGGGCAGCCCAAGGACUUCCUCACUGGCAUGUGCCUCUUCCUGCAGUCACUGAGGCAGAAGCAGCCUGAGCGGCUGUGCUCAGGCCCUGGCAUUGUGGGCAACGUGCUGGUGGACCCAAGUGCCCGCAUCGGCCAGAACUGCAGCAUUGGCCCCAAUGUGAGCCUGGGACCUGGCGUGGUGGUCGAAGAUGGUGUGUGUAUCCGGCGGUGCACGGUGCUGCGGGACGCCCGGAUCCGUUCCCAUUCCUGGCUUGAGUCCUGCAUUGUGGGCUGGCGCUGCCGCGUGGGUCAGUGGGUACGCAUGGAGAACGUGACAGUGCUGGGUGAGGACGUCAUAGUUAAUGAUGAGCUCUACCUCAACGGAGCCAGCGUGCUGCCCCACAAGUCUAUUGGUGAGUCAGUGCCAGAGCCUCGUAUCAUCAUGUGAGGGGAUGCAGUGGGGCUGGCCGAGCCCAGGUUUUCCCAUCAGCAAGGGGAGUGCUGGCCUGACACAUCAGAAGACCCUGGACUUGUCAUUUGUCUGGGGGGCAUUGGGUGAAGCUGAAGCUGUUGGACACCUGCCUUCUCAUGUGGACAUCAUCUGGCAGGAUCCCUGCUGGGCACACCCCACAAACCCCACUCCCUCAAGAAGGGCCAGGGCCAGGGCUGUAUGGAAUAAUAAUUUAAUGCUCACUGUGGCCCUGACUGAAAGUCAAGCUCAGGCACAAUUAGGGCCAUAGCUGGGCUCCCACCAAUGAGGAUACAGGCAGGCAAGGAGGUUGGAUGUGGUGGUGGGGGAUACAGGAGAAGGGCAAAGGGAGCUCAUAAAUAGGGCCCAGCCUGGCUCUGGGUUCAAGGGUGGAGGUUCCAGGAUGGCGCAGGCUGUGAGGGCUAGGCAGCUGAGGUAGUACUCGUAUUGGCUCCCUUCUCCCAGUCCUCUACAGACACGAUGGUGGCUUUGCAGAAAAAGCAGUCCCUGUUGUUCAUCAGGUGCUGGUUGAUACAGGCUCUACAACAGGGGAGGGGAUGAGGACUGCCCUGCAUGUACCUACUACUGCUCUCCCCACCACCAAGCUGUGGGGGCCACUUACUUGCAGGACUUGUGGCCACAGGGCUGGAACACAGCAGAGAUGGGGUGGGCAUAGCAGAUGGGGCAGAGGUCCUCCUCACUGGUGGGCUGCAGGGAGGAGAGUGAAGGGUGGGCUGGAGUUGGAUGCCUGGCUAUGUGGAUGUCCGUUGUGCCUGUGUAGGAGUGCACACAUAUUCAAGUGGCAUGGACCUGUGCACCGUGGUCCCACUCACCAGGGAGGCAGCUGCUGCCUGGGCAGAUGCAGAGGUCAGGUGCGCCAGCAUCUGUUCCACUUGGGCCAGCUCAUCGGCACUGAUGUAAUCUGCAUCUGGGGAGUGGUAGGUAGUGUCAAGUCAGAGGUAGCUGAAGAUGUGAUGCCUCUUGAAUAUUCCCAGCCUAGGACUUUGCUGUUCUUAAGGCUCCUGACCCGACCCAGCCCCAGAUCUCCCUGACCUGCCCCACCAGCCCACUCACAGCUCUGCAGGGAGAAGCGCUUCUGGUCAGGGGCUGGCAGGGCAGUGCCAGGUGCUGGGGGCUCUGGCUGUCCCAGGAGAUAGCAUAUUGAGCGUAGCUGGAAGCAGGGAUCUGCCAGGAGCACUGAUGUGGCUCGCUCUCUCCUAGGUAGGGGAGGGUGCAAGGGCAGUCAGAAGGCUUGGGGCCUGGCUAAAAGUAGUCUCUAUUGGGAUUGCAGUGAGGAGUGCCAUGGCUCGUACAUGAUCACCCCCGCCCCCCGCAUCCCUUCCGUCUCCCUGCUUCCCAAACCCCAAGUCCUGUAUUCAAGUAAGGUGCCACACAGCCUGGGGUACCACUUUUUUUUUUUUUUUUCUUGAGAUGGAGUCUCGCUCUGUUGCCCAGGCUGGAGUGCGAUGGCACGAUCUCGGCUCACUGCAACCUCCACCUCCCGGGUUCAAGUGAUUCUCCUGCCUCAGCCUCCCGAGUAGCUGGGAUUGCAGGCGCCCACCACCAUGCCUGGCUAAUUGUUGUAUUUUUAGUAAAGACAGGGUUUCACCAGGCUGGUCUCGAAUUCCUGACCUCAGGUGAUCCACCUGCCUUGGCUUCCCAAAGUGCUGGGAUUACAGGCGUGACCCACCGCGCCUGGCCUGGGGUACCACUUUAAGAAGGCUCAGGGGAACCACCUUAAGAUAGAGUCCGCCCGCCCCAUAAUAUAUUAUCAAUCAGUCCUUCAAAGUCACUUCAAAUAAACACUAACAGCAGCUUGGAGACAUUCUUCCAGACUCCCCCUUUUACUCCACGAGGAAAAAGGAGUGGCGGAAUUGCUGCCAGCCAAACGCCAACUGGAACUUUGGGUUUGGGCUCGCUCCCCAUCUGGCGGUCAUGCGGGGCCAUUGGGCACUAGGGUAACCAGCCGCCCCGCCUCCUCAAACGGGAACCAAUAGGAGCCCGGGCCCCGCCCCCGGGGGGAGUAUUUAGGAGCGGAUCAGGAACUCGCUUGCAGAGGGCUAGGGAAGCCAAAGGGAGGGCGGAGAAGCGUGCGGCCCCGCCUCACAACCUGGGAACCGGAGAGCAGGGGCCGUCGGCCGGCCAGAACCCGCCGUACCUCCUCGGCAAGGGCCAUCCGGUGCCACCCAUGUCGCACUAGAGCAGAAGUGGGUGAGUCCUGGAACUGCGACCUGCACAGAGCUGCUCUGUACUGUCCCUGGUGGUCGCCGCCAUGACCUGGUUGGUGCUGCUGGGGGCACUGCUCUGCAUGCUGCGCGUUGGGUUAGGCACCCCGGACUCCGAGGGCUUCCCGCCCCGUGCGCUCCACAACUGCCCCUACAAAUGUAUCUGCGCUGCCGACCUGCUAAGCUGCACUGGCCUAGGGAUGCAGGACGUGCCGGCCGAGUUACCUGCCGCUACUGCGGACCUCGACCUGAGCCAUAACGCGCUCCAGCGCCUGCGCCCCGGCUGGUUGGCGCCCCUUUUCCAGCUGCGCGCUUUGCACCUAGGUCACAACGAACUAGAUGCGCUGGGUCGCGGCGUCUUCGCCAACGCCAGCGGCCUGAGGCUGCUCGAUCUAUCAUCUAACGCGUUGCGGGCGCUUGGCCGCCACGACCUCGACGGGCUGGGGGCGCUGGAGAAGCUGCUUCUGUUCAAUAACCGCUUGAUGCACUUGGACGAGCAUGCCUUCCACGGCCUGCGCGCGCUCAGCCAUCUCUACCUUGGCUGCAACGAACUCGCCUCGUUCUCUUUCGACCACCUGCACGGUCUGAGCGCCACCCACCUGCUUACUCUGGACCUCUCCUCCAACCGGCUGGGACACAUCUCCGUACCUGAGCUGGCCGCGCUGCCGGCCUUCCUCAAGAACGGCCUCUAUUUGCACAACAACCCAUUGCCUUGCGACUGCCGCCUCUACCACCUGCUACAGCGCUGGCACCAGCGGGGCCUGAGCGCCGUGCGCGACUUUGCGCGCGAGUACGUAUGCUUGGCCUUCAAGGUACCCGCGUCCCGCGUGCGCUUCUUCCAGCACAGCCGCGUCUUUGAGAACUGCUCGUCGGCCCCAGCUCUUGGCCUAGAGCGGCCGGAAGAGCACCUGUACGCGCUGGUGGGUCGGUCCCUAAGGCUUUACUGCAACACCAGCGUCCCGGCCAUGCGCAUUGCCUGGGUUUCGCCGCAGCAGGAGCUUCUCAGGGCGCCAGGGUCCCGCGAUGGCAGCAUCGCGGUGCUGGCCGACGGCAGCUUGGCCAUAGGCAACGUACAGGAGCAGCAUGCGGGACUCUUCGUGUGCCUGGCCACUGGGCCCCGCCUGCACCACAACCAGACGCACGAGUACAACGUGAGCGUGCACUUUCCGCGCCCAGAGCCGGAGGCUUUCAACACAGGCUUCACCACAUUGCUGGGCUGCGCCGUGGGCCUGGUGCUCGUGCUGCUCUACCUGUUCGCCCCACCCUGCCGCUGCUGCCGCCGUGCCUGCCGCUGCCGCCGCUGGUCCGGAACACCCAGCCCGCUCCAAGAGCUGAGCGCACAGUCCUCAGUACUCAGCACCACACCGCCAGACGCACCCAGCCGCAAGGCCAGCGUCCACAAGCACGUAGUCUUUCUGGAGCCAGGCCGGAGGGGCCUCAAUGGCCGCGUGCAGCUGGCAGUAGCUGAGGAAUUCGAUCUCUACAACCCUGGAGGCCUGCAGCUGAAGGCUGGCUCUGAAUCCGCUAGCUCCAUAGGCUCCGAGGGUCCCAUGACGACCUAGACUGCCCAGGGCUCCCCCACCCAGGCCCCCACCCUCUUGCUGCUCGCCCUGCUCCCUGCUUCGGUCCAGAGAACUGGCAGAUGCUGGUGGGAAGCACUGUGCCUGGGCCCCCAGCUUCCUGUAUGGGCCUCGAAACACAAUGGGCCUUCUCGCUCACUGGUAGAGACAGGGGCUGUAGUCCCCAACCUGCCUUCUGCUCUGCCCCUGCACCGGACCCAAAGGCCCCAGGCCCUGCAAGGUGUGCUAGUGCCUGCUUUCCCGGGGACUUCCUAGUGCCCAAAUGCCCUGUGAGGCUGAGAGACCCAGGCCCCUGUGGCUUUCAACACAGCACAGCCGUGGAAGUGGCUGUGUUCUUCUACAGCCUGUGGAAGAACCCCUGUAGCAGAGCCCCCUGUCCACCCUCAGGGGCCAAGGCAGCUCUCGAGGAGUGGUGCUGAAGAGCUGACGCAGGGCCGCCUCCCCUUCCCAAGGCGGGGGGAGGGAGUGGGCCCAUAGGGAAAAGAAGGCGGCUCUGAAGGAGGAUCUCGCCCACACCCCAGGACAGAAAGAGGAAACAAGCCCGCCCUCUGGUGAAAUGGGACUCCCUCCAUCCACCAACACCCAACCUCCUGAAAGCUUCACAACUUCACGCGGAGUCCGGUGGGCAGGCACCAGGCAGGAAAGGCUCCUCAAGAGGUUCCUGGGGGUCUGGCCUAAGCCCCAGCCAGAGACCCUGCUCUCUCUGGCCUGGGGCAUCCAGCCGUUGUUCUGAAGGCAGAGCCCAUUCUGUGGGCUCACAAGACACAGUGAAGGGGAUCAUGGCUUGCGCCCCUGCUUUUCAGCAGUAAAAAGCCCGAAAAGCCUGGUGAGCAUGGCCGAGCUGGGAGGGCCGAGCCGGAACUCCAUGUCCCUCGAGAGCAGAAGCCUCUUAAGGGCUGGCACUGGUCUCAGCCUAAUGGCUGAGGCGGUGCCCUGGCUUCACAUGCAUCUCACUGCUCCCACUGCAGGGGAGGCAGGGAAGGGGGGUCUGGGAGCCCUUCAUGUGUGGGGGCCGAGCUGGGGGCCCCCAUGGCCAUCCUGGACCCCGCUGCUCCAGAGUUUAAUAAAGGCAGCACAUGCUUAUUGCUAGAGCCUUUGCAGACAA